AUGCUGAAGCAUUUGUGGUUUCUGUUCUCAAGCACUUUAUGCAUAUUGGCCCAAAAUGGAAACACAGUUCCAAGCAGUGGACUUUACGCCAACGAGAUUAUAAAUCAGAGGUCAAAUCAACAAGCUGAAGAGGCAUUGUCGCCAUCUGUGAAGGAAUAUUCGCCAUUGUUUUCGAGAUUUAGCAGAAAAUGGUUCCUUCGAAGGCCAUUUGUUGGAAAUCCGUUUAGACGGGCUUUCUCCAAAUAUAACAGCGGUUUUGGAACAACUUCUGACUCAUUAAGUACAUCAUUUGUAUCACCCAUGGGAAUAAUGAAACCGACAGCAGAGCAAGUGGCAAGAGCUAUAAAAAAUUUCUAUAGUCUCAGCAGUCGUGGACUUAUCACUGCUGGUCGGUUUAAUCAACCAAACAGUUAUGGUACCUCAAUGAAUUCAGCGUAUGUUCAGCCAACUACUGGUUACAUAUCAUACGCUUAUGGAAACAGUCAAAAGGAUUUUUCGUACCCGAAUAAUCUUUUUGAUUCCUACAAUCCGUACAGUACUUCUCGGACUUAUAGUACAGAACAUGAUCUAACUAGCACAUCGUAUAAUCCGCAACCGUAUGAUACAAAUGCAUUUAGUAGCUUCAAUCAAGAUUUUUAUCAUUCACUGUCUAAUACGGCAAAUAAGCCAAGGUUUCUUCGUGGUCUAAGUGGUAGCCUAAAUUCAGCCUAUCGAGAAAGUUUACCUGCAUUUUUCAAUCGCAAUACACAGUCGUAUGGGUCAUCGAUACCAAUAAUGGCUUUGAGCAAAAAGCUUCGGUCUAAAUUAUCGCAUCCAAAUCCUGCCUACUCGUAUGGUAGAAUGCUAAAGUCGCCGACAGAUGCAUCCGUAUCUCAACCACAGAUCGAUUCCAGUAAAGAAGAUAAAGAUAGCUCGGAAACCUAA